UAAAAUACUGUAAAGCCGACUCACCAAAAUAAGGCAUCUUCAAACCUUAAUUUUCCUUCCUCAUUUACUCCUACAUUCUAGCAAGUUCUGUAAAAGAAACCUUAUCUCAUAGUUCAUCAAAAAUGGCUACUUCAGGAAACACUUCAACCACAAAGAGGUAUGCAGUUGUGACAGGGGCAAAUAAAGGGAUUGGACUAGGUAUCUGCAAGCAACUAGCUGCUGAACAUGGUAUUAUUGUGGUACUAACUGCUAGAAAUGAACAAAGGGGUCUUGAAGCUGUGGAAAAGCUCAAAGAAUCUGUGGGUUUAAGUGAUGAUCAACUCAUCUUUCAUCAGCUUGAUGUUGCUGACCCUGCAAGUGUUUCAUCUUUUGCAGAAUUCAUAAAAAACAAAUUUGGAAGACUUGAUAUCUUGGUAAAUAAUGCAGGAGUUGGGGGAGUUGCUCUAGAUGAUAAAGUAUAUUUAGACCAAGUGUCGAAUAAUGGGACAGGACAAGUCGAUUGGAAUGGGAUUAUGUCCGAGUCAUACGAGUUAGCUGAACAAUGCUUGCAAACGAACUACUAUGGGGCAAAAAGAAUGACAGAAGCACUAAUUCCAUUACUGCAGUUAUCUGAUUCACCGCGUAUUGCAAAUGUUUCUUCCUCCAUGGGAAAGUUAAAGAAUUUACCAAAUGAAUGGGCUAAAGGAAUACUGAAUGAUGAGCCAAACCUUACAGAAGCAAGAGUCGAUGAGGUGCUAAACCAGUACCUGAAAGAUUACAAGGAGGGAUCAGUACAGGAAAAAGGUUGGCCACACUUCAUGUCAGCAUAUGUAGUCUCGAAAGCAGCAAUGAAUGCAUACACAAGGAUUUUGGCCAAAACGUACCCAACUUUCUGCAUCAAUGCUGCUUGUCCUGGCUAUGUGAAAACAGAUAUAAAUAUGAAUACUGGUAAAUUAAGUGUCGAAAAAGGGGCUAAAAAUGUGGUGAAGAUAGCAUUGCUGCCUAACGGGGGACCUUCUGGCCUUUUCUUCGUUGAGGGUAACAUAUCAUCCUUCGAGUAAAGGUAACUGCAACUAUAUGCUGCAAACAAGCUAUCAUGGCACAAUAAUUGAUGAAAUGUAAACCAAAUCAAAUUCAAUAGGCCUCAGUUUAUAUUGGUUAUCUGGAUAUUCAUGUUAUGUUUACCUUCUACUAUAACUUUGUAGUGAGAGAUUAGUGCGAUGAUGCCAUGAAAUGAUGUGGUGAUGAUAUCA